UCUGUCGCCCGACCGACGUCCCGUCCCCGUGUGCCCGUCAGUCGGCCAUGGUUUCUUGACGUGCGAGCAGGCUGCCGCGCUACCACAGCCACAGCACACCACCGCAGCGCACCGCGCACACAAACACGCGCACCGCAAGGCUCCUCCGUUGUAUUGUAUAUGUACCACACCACCCGUACAGUGUACGAUCGACGACGCUGCCGCCAAUAAUAGUUUUUAUAUAUUUUCGUUUUUUCGAAAAAUAAUACAAAUCGUUUCCGUUUCGCGAACGCACGGGGAUUCGUUUCGUUCGUCACCGGGACGACCGGCGCGCCGACGACGACGGUUCGAAAACAACGCGGGCACAACACCGUCUGCGGUUUUUUGUACGGCGGCGAUCGUCGUAACACCGUAGGGGUGUACAACAACUGUUGUCGUACCCCCGAGAAGAACACGCGCCAUCAUCGUAUCCGUACCGACGCGCCGUUCAAAAUGUCUACGUGCCAGACGACGCCAUCUUACUGUCGCCAUUGAAACGCGUCGGUGUCUGGUUAGCACGUCUGUGUUUACUGUCUUCCGGACGCCACCGGUCACCGACGUUUCGGCCGGCCGGCUUUUGUUGCUGCACUGUGCCUGCACCUCCUUAACACUGCCGCCGCCGCGUCACAUCAAGAGCCGAUUUUCGUGGUCGCUUAACGUCUCCAAUCGCCGCCAUGUCUAAGACCGAAAGCGAAUGCUCAGCCGCCGACCGAGCCGACGAAACGGGUCGGCAAAAUGCCAGCUCUCCGCCUUUGGCCAUGGGGCCCGUCCAGAAUACCGAGGACGACGGCAUUUCGUUUUGCGAAUAUCACGACCUGCCGCCACCACCGGACGGUGGAUACGGUUGGGUCAUCGUGUUCGCCAGCUUCAUGUGCAACAUGGUUGUAGACGGGAUCGCCUAUACCUUUGGCGUGUUUCUUGGCGAAUUUGUUGAUUAUUUCGGUGAAGGCAAGGGAAAGACUGCUUGGGUUGGUAGUCUCCUAUCCGGAAUGUACCUCAGCGCAGGUCCUAUAGUCAGCGCUUUAACCAACAAAUACGGAUGUCGAGUGGUAUGCAUGGCGGGUAGUGUCAUCGCAUCUAUAGCAUUUGCGCUCAGCACACUAUCACCAAAUGUCAAUGUCUUAAUGCUCACUUAUGGUUUUAUGGGUGGUAUUGGAUUUGGACUUAUUUAUUUACCAGCUGUAGUAUGUGUUGGAUACUACUUUGAAACAAAAAGAUCAUUGGCCACGGGUAUUGCUGUGUGUGGUUCUGGCUUUGGUACAUUUGCUUUCGCACCCCUCGCCACUAUGCUUCUCCAAAACUUUGACUGGAAAGUUUCGAAUUUGAUACUCGCUGGAAUGAUUCUAUCAUGUACCUUAUUUGGUGCUUUAAUGAAGCCUCUUGAAUAUCCAAAUGAAGGCUGUAAACCAUUACUCCAAAGAAUGGCAGAUGAAAAGCGUAUGCAAAUGGAACGCGGAUCAAUAGGUGGAUCAUAUUUCAUUGUACAACUUAAAGAUGGGUCAUUAGAAAAAAGACAAAAGUUACCACUAAACAUUGAUCCUGGUGUUCAUUCAAGUUUUAACUUGGAUGAAUUGGUAGGUGGGACUGGAUCUCCCAUGACACCGAUACCCACCAUGGCGGUUUUACCUACCAUUAAAGAAGUGAAAGCUCCAGAACAGAGUGGAUCUAGCAAUAGUUCUAGCAAUGCUGGAAGUGGAGAUCUUAAAUCUGAUAAAAAAGACAAUAAAAUAGAAAAUUCAAAACCAGAAGUACCUGAACAAAAUGGUGAAAAACCAAGUGAAAUAAAUGGAAACGGAGAGUUGACUGAAGUGAAAGCUGCUAUUCCAAGAAAUGCUUCUCAACCUGCAUUUACAACUCAUGUUCAAGGUUUGCCAAAAAAUGGUUCAGUACCAUUUUUUGACCGCAUUCGUAAAACUAGUGCCAGUGAACGUUAUCGACCUACUUUGGGGCCAAUAAAAGUGUCUCGACCAAACCUCAGUUCUAAUGGAGAUAUUCGUAAAUCUAUACAUUUAAGAUUAUCAAAUGUAUCAAUACUUGGUAGUAAAAACAAUAACGCUGAAGAUAUGUGGUCAAAUGUAGAUACAGAUAGUAUUGGAUACACUUCAUCUAAAACAAGUAUAAGAGGAAAAGAAACUGUGCGUCCAAUGUCCAGAAAAGAUAUCUUUUAUUCGGGUAGUGUUUUGAAUUUGCCUGAAUACCGAUCACAAAAAUCACUUGCCAGCUAUCGCCAAAGUAUUUUGUCUUUACCAAAAUCCAUGAUGAAAGAUAACGAUAAAGAUGAUGAUGACGAAAUAGAUGAAGGUUGCUGUCCAUUUUUACCAGAAUCUAUUAACUCUGUAUUGUCUUCGAUGAUGGACACAAGUUUACUUAAAGAUCCUGUAUUUAUGAUAAUUGGCAUCAGCAAUGUAUUUGGUAUGGCUGGACUUUAUGUACCUUUUGUGUAUUUAGUAGAUGCUGCCAAAGAAUCUAGUUCAAACAUUGAUUCAAGUCAAGCUUCAUUCCUACUGUCCAUUAUUGGUAUAACCAAUACCAUUGGUCGUGUAGUCUGUGGUUUUGUUGCCGAUUUCCCUUGGGUUGAUUCGCUGUUCCUUAAUAAUGUAUGUUUAUUAAUUAGUACAGCUGCUGUUGCUGCAACGCCUUUCUGCGUCACCUAUACACAUUAUGUUAUAAUGGCAGUCUUCUUUGGAAUUGCAGUCUCUGGCUACAUAUCAUUAACAUCCAUUAUUCUUGUGGAUCUAUUGGGUCUGGACAAGCUUACAAAUGCUUUUGGUCUUUUGAUAUUGUUCCGUGGAGCUGCCGCUAUUAUUGGAUCACCAUUAGCUGGUGCAGUAUAUGAUUACACAAAAUCAUAUGACUGGCCAUUCUUUAUGGCUGCUGUGUUCUUCCUGUUGUCGGCAGUAACUAGUUUUAUGGCAGCUCCAUUAAAACAUUAUUUGGACCAGAGACAGAUGGCCCUGCCUCAAGACGAUGAUGAUGCGCUGACGCCAAUCGAUGAGGAUGAUGAAGAAGAUGAUGAGGAGGAAGACAAUACGCACCAUCAUCAUCAUCAAGUCCCAACUAUCAUUGAAACAGCUCCUACGCCAAAUAAACCACCAUUGCAAGAAAUAAAACAGAUAGAGUCUGUGGUUUAA